AUGAUCGCCGCCUCCCGCACUCUUGCUUCUCCUGUCCUCCGCCAGGCGGUCGCCCGCCGCGGCUUCUCGACCACCCGCGCCCAGCUGUCGUCGCCUUAUCACUACCCUGAGGGUCCCCUUUCCAACAUUCCCUUCAACCCCCGCAAGAAGGGAUUCGCGAUCAAGUACUGGACUUACUGCACUGUUGGGUUUACUUUGCCUUUUGGUAUUGCCGGAAACAAGGACGAUGGCAGGGAGAUGAUAUCGGAGGGGAAGUAA